CUGUGGAUGUAGUGAACCAAAGUGGACUUUACGUUUUUUUGUUUUUUUUACGCAAGAGGUUUACAGGAGAUAUCAACUUCUCAUUCAUUUAAUCAUCGGCUCAGAUCAAAUCAAAGAAGCUGCUUUUUCUGUUUUGUUUUGUUUUUUCCCCUGUUGUCGGAUACUUGAAUUAAAAAAUAAAAAUAAAACUGCAUUCGUCAGGAGAUAUGAUACUCAGGAGAAGUCUCUUCUUGCUGCUCUUAUCAUUUAAUUUCCUCCACGCAUUAACUCAAGAUGGUGAGCAGGAGGAUGAGACAUCAUUUGACUUGUUUGAAAUCAGCCACAUCACACGCAAAACUCUGGGGGCCAAACAGUUCAGGGGCCAAAACUCAGAAAUCCCUGCAUACCGCUUCAUCCGCUUCGACCACCUUCCUCCAGUUAGCCCCCCCAUACUAAAACAAAUACUACGUCAGAUCCAAAACAAUGAGGGCUUUGUGUUUGUGGCCAGCAUACGCCAGGACCGUGCCUCACGGGGCACCCUGAUUGGCUUGGAGGACCCCGAUGGCCAGCGCCAGUUUGAGAUUGUGUCCAAUGGACGGGCCAACACUCUGGACCUGGUAUACUGGGUGGAUGGGUCGCAGAACGUGGUUUCAUUCGAGGACGUGGACCUGUCUGACUCACAGUGGAAGAAUAUCACGCUUCAUGUUCAUGGGGAAAAUGCAAACCUGUUUGUGGGCUGCAACCUGAUAGACAGCUUCAUCCUGGAUGAGCCUUUCUACGAGCACCUGCAGGCUGAGGGAAGCCGCAUGUAUGUUGCGAAGGGAUCCAUCCGGGAGAACCACUUCAGGGGCCUUCUACAGAAUGUACGUUUCAUCUUUGACACCUCAGUGGAGGACGUCCUCCUGAGCAGAGACUGCGAGGUCACUAAGCAAGAUGAUGCCAAUAUUGUGAGCGAGAGCACAGAAAUUGUGGAUGUGAGUCCCUCCAUCACUACAAAUAUUAUAGGUCAGAAGACAGAUGAGACGGGUGCAGAUAUGUGCGAACGCUCCUGCGAGGAACUUAGCACCAUGUUCCAGGAGCUCAAAGGCCUUCGCGUGGUCGUCAGUAACCUUAUUGAUGGCUUGCAAAAAGUGACAGAGGAGAACACAGUCAUGAAGGAGGCCCUUGGGAGGAUGAGGAACUCUAAAGAGAAAAACAUGUGCUGGCAGGAUGGCCGCCUGUUUGACGAUAAGGAAGACUGGGUUGUAGACAGCUGCACCAAAUGUACUUGCCAGGAGUCCAAGAUCGUGUGCCACCAAAUUACAUGCCCCCCGGUGGCCUGUGCUAGCCCCUCGUUUAUCGACGGCGAGUGCUGCCCCGUUUGUAUGCCUAAAGACAGUGAGGAUGGCUGGUCCCCCUGGUCAGAGUGGACAGAGUGCACAGUCACCUGUGGGACAGGAACUCAGCAGAGGGGUCGGUCAUGCGAUGCAACCAGUAACCCCUGCACCGGACCUUCUAUCCAGACCCGCAAGUGCAGCCUGGGAAAAUGCGACAGCCGUGUUCGCCAGGACGGAGGGUGGAGUUUGUGGUCGCCGUGGUCGUCCUGCUCAGUGACCUGUGGAGAAGGCCAGAUCACCAGGAUACGACACUGCAACGCUCCCGUGCCACAGCUGGGGGGCAACGACUGUGAAGGAAGUGGGAGAGAGACUCAGCGUUGCACUGCCAAGCCAUGUCCCAUCGAUGGUGGUUGGGGUCCUUGGUCUCCAUGGGCGACCUGUUCAGCAACAUGCGGAGGGGGGAUCAAAAGUCGCACACGUGAGUGCAACAGCCCUCAACCUCAGCAUGGCGGGAAGAAGUGUAUCGGGGAGGCCAAAGACAGUGACAUCUGUAACAAAAAGGACUGUCCUAUUGAUGGCUGUCUGUCUAACCCAUGCUUUGGGGGAGUGGACUGCAACAGCUCUCCAGAUGGCUCCUGGGAGUGUGGCCCAUGUCCUGCUGGUUUCCGCGGAAAUGGUACCCACUGUGAAGACAUUAAUGAGUGUGAUAUGGUGUCUGAUGUUUGCUACAAAGUGAGUGGAACACAUCGCUGCGUCAACACAGAUCCAGGUUUCCACUGCCUGCCUUGCCCAAAGCGCUACAAGGGCACCCAGCCUUUUGGUAUGGGUGUGGAGGCUGCCAAGAAGAACAAACAGGUGUGUGAGCCAGAAAACCCGUGCAAGGACAAGACCCACAACUGUCACAAAUAUGCCGAAUGUAUCUACAUCAGCCACUUCAGUGAUCCAAUGUACAAGUGUGAAUGUAGGACUGGUUACGCUGGAGAUGGCUUCAUUUGCGGAGAAGACUCUGACUUGGAUGGCUGGCCCAAUCAGAACCUUGUGUGUGGUGCCAACGCCACCUAUCACUGCAAGAAGGACAACUGCCCUAACCUUCCCAACUCUGGCCAAGAAGACUUUGACAAAGAUGGUCAAGGUGAUGCUUGCGACAAGGAUGACGACAACGAUGGCAUUUUAGAUGAGAGGGACAACUGUCCCCUCCUUUACAAUCCUCGCCAGUUUGACUUUGACAAGGACGAGGUUGGUGACCGGUGCGACAACUGUCCCUAUGAACACAAUCCUGCUCAAAUAGACACCGACCACAAUGGAGAAGGGGACGCCUGUGCAGUGGACAUUGAUGGAGACGACAUUCUGAAUGAAAACGACAACUGUCCUUAUGUGUACAACACUGACCAGAAGGACACUGACAUGGAUGGAGUUGGUGACCAGUGCGACAACUGUCCAAUGCUGCACAACCCAGACCAGACUGAUGUAGACAAUGACCUGGUUGGAGAUCAGUGUGACAAUAACCAGGACAUUGAUGAAGACGGCCAUCAGAACAACCUGGACAACUGUCCCUAUGUGGCCAACGCCAACCAGGCUGACCAUGACAAGGAUGGCAAAGGAGACGCAUGUGACUAUGAUGAUGAUGAUGAUGGUAUACCUGAUGACAAGGACAACUGCAGACUAACACCCAACGCAGACCAGCUGGACUCUGAUGGUGAUGGAAGAGGGGAUGCCUGCAAAGAUGACUUUGACAACGACAAUAUACCAGAUAUUCUUGAUGUGUGUCCGGAGAACAGUGCCAUCAGUGCCACGGACUUCAGGAAGUUCCAGAUGGUCCACUUGGAUCCUAAGGGAACCACUCAAAUUGAUCCCAACUGGGUGGUCAGACACCAGGGCAAAGAGCUGGUCCAGACUGCCAACUCUGACCCAGGCAUUGCAGUAGGUUUUGAUGAGUUCAAUGCAGUGGACUUCAGUGGAACAAUGUACGUGAACACAGACAGAGAUGAUGACUAUGCAGGCUUUGUGUUUGGCUACCAGUCGAGUGGGCGCUUUUAUGUGGUGAUGUGGAAGCAGAUCACACAGACUUACUGGGAGGACAAGCCCUCUAAAGCCUUUGGCAUCUCUGGCGUUUCUCUCAAAGUUGUCAACUCGACCACUGGCACUGGAGAAAACCUCAGGAAUGCUUUGUGGCACACGGGCAACACUCCUGGUCAGGUGCGUACUCUGUGGCAUGACCCCAAAAACAUUGGUUGGAAGGAUUAUACAGCCUACAGGUGGCAUCUCAUUCACAGACCAAAGACUGGUUUUAUAAGGGUUGUGGUCUAUGAAGGUAAACAGAUCAUGGCCGACUCAGGACCAGUUUAUGACAAGACCUUUGCUGGAGGAAGGUUAGGCUUGUUUGUCUUCUCGCAAGAGCUGGUGUUCUUCUCCGACCUCAAGUAUGAAUGCAGAGAUAAGCCGGAGUUGCCAACAGUGUUCACAAGAUAACUGAAUCAAGUCGGAUAGAAAAAAAAACAUCAAAGGGCAAACGACAAGAAUCUUGCAAAGUAAACAUUACGUCAUCACUAAAUCCAUUUCGACGUAAAUGAGACUUUCCAUACUUUUUCAUGUUUUUCCUUGAUCCAUCCACUGGAGAGGAAACCAUGGCAGAUUUCAGUUUUCCUGGUAACUUAUAUACAUUUCCCAAGCUGGGAAAGAUAAACUGAUGGGAGUGGACAAGUUUUAAAAAAUGGAUCUGCAGAAUAUCUAAUUAUAUUUAGUGUACCUAUGUCUACAUUUUUAAAGGAUUCAUUGUACAACCACUUACAUGCUGUAUGUGCUUUCCAACAGUUUCUUGCUUUCUAGUACAUAUAAAUGACUUGGUUCUUCCAUUUUUAAUGUGUUUCGUUCUGUUUGGGAUUAGGAGGCUCAGUCAUGGCUUCUGUUUUGCAGAACAAAUGAUCAUAGUGUCUGACAAACAUAAACUGUAACCAAAGCAUAAUCAUUUAGCUGUCUCUAGUCCAUUACUAUUUCUCUUCAUUCUUUUCAUCCUGAAGGUGUUUUUUUUUGUUUGUUUUUAAUGGAGAACAUGAGUGAACGAUUUAAAUAAGCGCCAAAGAUGUUUAUACUAAGUCUGUAUAAUAAUUCCUUUUGUAAAUUAUUUAUGCCCUGCUUGUUUUGUUUGUUUGCAUUUUAUGCUUGUACAUAAUUAUUUAUUUGUUUACACUGACAAAACACAUAAUUGAAUAUCACAAAUAUCAAGAUAACACAUUAUAGUAUUGCCAGUUUUUUUUUUUUUUUUUGGUGUUGUCAUGCACUUCCUUCACGUUAGUUUUUCAAAUCUUUUAGACAAACUGUAACGUAAGGCUUUGGAAAGGAUAAACAUCAGCUGCUUUUUAAAUAAACACAUACAUAGACACAUCAUGUGUUUAUGUAUGUGAUAGUAGCUGCCAGAGAAUGUUAAUUCUGGUGGGAUGUGUAUGUUAAAAAAGCCACUGUGUUUAUUUCCAUAGCUGACAAGACAGGGCCUCAUUGUCCUCAAAGUGAUAUAUCACUUUUGUGCACGUGGAACAUUUUUCAGUUCUCGUACUCUGUGUCUAUAGGAGUUUAUAAACGGUCCAUCACUAAAAUUGGCUGCAGCUUGAGCUACUGGCACUGUAGCAAGCACCCUUUUCCUAUUUAAUAUUAAAAAAUCAAUUUUUUUCUAUCUGUAAUACAAAUACAAAAACAGAAGGUAGAGUUAGGUAAUAACAUUAGUUUGAAAGGUAUGACUUAAAUAGAAUUGCAGUUUAGGUGCCUGAUAUCCAUUAAAUCUAAUGUUGUGUACCAAGCACAUGUCACAUCAGCAGCUGAGAGUCAGUCAUUGUGUGUGAUCGAUUCAUGAAGAUCAAAUGCAGUAAAAACAUUUUAUACAAAUAACUUUUUCAUUCAUAUACCAUUCAUAAGUAUCACUUUUGGAUGUCGUGAAACUUUCCAGUGUUGGCUGAAAAGGAAUCCAGAUGAAGGUCUCUAAGAACAAAGUGUGACUGUGUGACUGUGUGGUGUGGAGCGAGGACGUGUUAGUGUACAACCUUGGUGUCGUUAGUCUGUGUAGCAUUCGUGUUCUUCCGUGUUUGGUUUCCAUCUUGUUCAUUUUGUUGAGAGUUUGCAAUGCACAAAAUGUAAAUGUUUUUGUAUACUUGUGUUGUUAGAUAUACAUUUUCUACAGACAUUAGUGUAAGAUUGUUCUGUUUCAUAAAUAAAUCACUUGU